AUGGCGCUCUGCGCCAACCCCGAACGCACGACGAUCCAGGCGAAGCUCCCGGAGUUCGACGCCCAGGGGCUCGACGACCGGCUGAGGAGCCGGAGUCCUGAGGCCGCCCACGGGCGCCGCCGAGGUUCAAGUAGCGUGGGCACCGGCGCCAGCAUCGAGCCAAGCCGGCCGGCGGAGCCGAGACAGGCAGACACGGCGAUGGCGGCGGGGCCAGCGGACGCGGCGGCCGAGGCAAGGACGGUGGACGCGGCGGCCGAGGCAGGGACGGUGGAAGCGGCGGGUUCGGCGGACGCAGCGGCCGAGGCGGGGACGGCGGACGCGGCGGCCGAGGCGGGGGCGGCGGACGCGAUGGCCGAGGCGAGGACGCAGCUGUCGCCCGAGCCCCCGGCGCCGGUGGCGGUCGAGCGGCUGGGCGCGGCGGUGGACGCGAAGGCGGAUCAGCUUGCGGCGGAGCGCGCUAGGCUGGACUUGGAGAGGGCACAACUUACAACCACCCGGCGCACCUUCGAAUCCCGUCUCGCCGUGCAACGCGCCGCCAACGAGGAGGAGCGAAGCGUUAUGGAAGAGGCCCGCGCGGCGGCCGCGUGGGAGCAGAGAAUUUUGGAGGAUACCCGCGCAGAGAUAGCGCGGGAGCGGGAGAUUUUGGGGAGCGCCCGCGCAGAAGCUGCUCGAGAACUUGCAGCCACCAUUCUUCAUCCUUUGCCACUAGUCUUCCUUCACAAGCCUCUCAGCUUCCUCUACCUCGGCAAAGUUUACAUCCACGGAUCCCAAUUCUUCCUCGAUGAUUCCGACUUCCUCCUCACCGAAGAAGCAGUCGGACGCAGCAGCCGCCGAUGCCUCGCCUGA